AUGGAGCAAGAAGAGGAUGUCCUGGACCUGGAGCCCAACCUGAAGAAUCUCAUCGAGAAGGAGUCUCUCAAAUGGAUUUUCGUGGGCGGCAAGGGAGGCGUCGGCAAGACCACCACAAGCUGCAGCGUUGCCAUCCAGUUGGCCAAAGUGCGCCCGAACGUGUUGAUCAUCUCCACCGAUCCGGCGCACAACCUUUCCGACGCUUUCGGCCAGAAGUUUACUGCUGAACCCACGAAAGUAAACGGAUUCGACAACCUCUUCGCGAUGGAAGUAGACCCUCGCGUUGAGCCGGAAGAGGUCGAGGGCCUGCUGGGCGUCAGUGGCAUGCCGGGCGGCGCGGGCAUCAUCCAGGAGCUCACCGGCUCGCUGCCCGGCAUCGACGAGGCCAUGAGCUUCGCCGAAGUCAUGAAGUUGGUGCAGACGAUGGAGUUCUCCGUAAUCGUGUUCGAUACGGCGCCCACCGGCCACACGCUCCGCCUGUUGUCCUUCCCCACGCUGCUCGAGAAGGGCAUCGGCAAGCUCGUACAGCUCAAGUCCCGCUUCGGCCCGCUCUUCUCCUCCAUGACCUCGAUGCUUGGUCUCCCCGAGGGCGAGGACGCGAUCACGGGUAAGAUGGAGAGCACCCGGAAGAUUGUCGAACAGGUCAACACCCAGUUCAAGGACCCCGACAUGACCACCUUCGUGUGCGUCUGCAUUCCCGAGUUCCUCUCGCUGUAUGAGACCGAGCGUCUGGUGCAGGAACUGAACAAAUUCGAGAUCGAUACGCAGAACAUCGUCAUCAACCAAGUGCUCUUCCCCGAGAACCGCGACUGCGGGCUGUGCACUGCGCGAUCGCGAAUGCAGAAGAAGUACAUCGACCAGAUGUACGACCUGUACGAGGACUUCCACCUCGUCAAGGUGCCGCUCCAGAAGGAGGAGAUCCGCGGCAUCCCCGCCCUCACCAACUUCUCCGAGAUGCUCCUCAACCCCUUCACCCCGCCCACGCCCCAGUAA